UAGUUGAUACCAAGCAUGGCGGGUAAAGGUUCGCAGGCGCUAUCUUUAAAAAUCAUUGCCGAGUGUUCUACAACAAAAGCAAGAGUGUGUAAAAUGCACCUUCCCCAUGCAGUUGUUGACACUCCCGUUUUCAUGCCCGUGGGGACACAAGGAACUCUGAAAGGACUGGUUCCCGAACAGCUGAGAGAUCUUGAUUGCAAAAUUAUACUGGGAAAUACCUACCACUUAGGACACAGACCAGGUCCAGAACUAUUGUCCAAAGCAGGUGGCCUCCACAAGUUUAUGAACUGGGACAGAGCUUUGCUUACCGACAGCGGAGGGUUCCAGAUGGUGUCGUUGCUGAAGUUAGCAGAAAUCACGGAAGAAGGAGUGAAGUUCCAGUCACCACAUGACGGAUCAGAGAUGUUUAUGACGCCGGAACAUUCCAUUCAUAUACAGAACUCACUGGGUGCUGACAUCAUCAUGCAGCUUGAUGACGUUGUGUCCAGUACAACGACGGGACCACGUGUGGAAGAAGCCAUGUACAGAACGAUUCGCUGGCUGGAUCGGUGUCUUAAGGCACAUCAACGACCACAUGAUCAGGUUAUCUUUCCAAUCGUGCAGGGUGGGCUGGAUCCCGAGCUCUGCAAGAAAUGUGUUCUAGAGUUGACAAAGCGUGAUGUUCUGGGCUUUGCUAUUGGCGGUCUCAGUGGGGGUGAGGAGAAGUCAGAGUUUUGGAAAAUGGUUACGCUAUCAACGGAUCAUCUGCCAAAAGGCAAACCUCGAUACCUUAUGGGAGUUGGGUUUGCGGUCGAUUUGGUAGUGUGUGUGGCUCUUGGUUGUGAUAUGUUUGACUGUGUCUUCCCAACAAGAACUGCUAGAUUCGGAUCUGCCCUCACACCAACUGGUGCAUUGAAUUUGAAGAGUGGUCAGUUCGCCAAGGAUUUCAAGCCAAUAGAUGAAUCGUGUAGUUGUUCUACGUGUAAACAUUACACGAGGGCAUACCUGCACACGAUUGUAACAGUAGAACCUGUCGCCUGCCAUUUAGUGACGAUACACAAUAUAGCAUACCAGUUGAAUUUGAUGAAGCAAGUGCAGGAAAGCAUCAUUGAUGACAGGUUUCCUAAAUUCAUAAAGAACUUUUUCUCAGCGCUCUUCCCAAAGGGAGACUACCCUGAAUGGGCACUGGAUGCCCUUGCCAGUGUUAAUGUUCAUAUACGAGAACAGCGAACAGAUGUGUUAAAUGGUUAACUAACUAAUUAAUAAAUGUAUUAACCUUUU